GUAAACCCUUCUUGACUAGUUUUAACACAUUGGCCUGCCCAUUUCAGUCUGUAAUGUCGACACAUUUCUACGAGUUGAAAACCUUUUUUGAGCUCCAUUUGCGUAUCUUAUGUCUUUACUGCUACAAUUAAACCCAUCAAUAAUUAUUCGAAUCUUAAUUUGGUCUCAUCGAGUAUGAACCAAAGUUAGAUUAUUUCAACAGUUUAAUUUGUUUCCAAUCCUUUUUCGCCGGUAUUCCAUUGGUAAUUGGGCAUUUCGCCAAAUAUUUACACUCGCCGGAAUCAUGGAUCGUCGACCAUCGGCACCUGCGAAGCCGAUAAAUAUGAACACACUUAAAAGGAAAAUUGAUGUCGAUAAUCGACUUUCUUUGGGCUAUUAUUAUCGGAUCGCUGAUACUCUUCUCAAACAGGCUGAUGUGUAUCGAGAAGAGAACAACAUAGUGGACUUGUAUGUUAUGCUCAUUAGGUUUUCAAGUUUGGUAUCUGAAACAAUAACCUUCCAUCGGGAUUAUCAGACACUGCAUCCUAGAGAAAGAUUACAUUAUAAAAAGAAAUUGCUAGCAGUGUUGGAUGAGCUAGAAUCAUUGAAGCCUGAGUUUCAGCGCCGAGUAAAUGAACACAACAAGGCUUACUCAGAAACACAACAAAAUCAAUUAAAUGGCAGAGAGACGGCCUCAUAUGGCUCAGAAACGUCCUUGACUUGGCCCUCUGCUUAUGCUGCUCCUAGUUUCGAUAGCAAGCAGCGACAACCCACUAGCAAAGCUCUUCAAUCUUCAUGGAAACAGAGCUAUGAUUUCCAAGCUUCUUCCACCUCCAUGCCUUUUGACAAAAAGUUCUCUAAGCUAUCUCUUGCAGUGCCGCUUCCAAACCAGGAAACAUUGUCGAGGCACUCUUUCUUAGGUCCAAAUGGAUUUCGUCAUCAGUGGCAAGGACCUAGUACAGAAAUUAAGGUUUCAUACCCAAGCUAUUCUGACUUAACUCCAGCUGAAAAUUCAUGCCUCAUCCAAGGUAUACAAGAUGAAGCUCGAGUUCAAAAGGAUGACAGUAGAGGGCAAGAAAUGGAAGCAGUCCUAUCUUUAGAUGACGGUAGCUGGUCAUGUCAUGAAGAUGACUUGCCCCUGGAAAUUAUAAGACAGCCAGUGCCUCCCCCUGUAUUAGCUCAAGUUCAGCCAGGAUACUGUCCUAUUUCCCCGUCAAGAGUUGCUGAUCCGAGACCUGGACCAGCUAAACCUUCAGAGGAUGGGAUACAGAAUCCUAAUUCAUAUCAGCACUUACAUAUUCCUGUAAGAAUGAUGGAAGAUUUCUUAAGACUAGCACAACAAAAUACAACUAAAAAUCUUGAAACAUGUGGAGUUCUAGCAGGUUCACUGAAAAACCGGGUGUUUCACAUCACUACUUUAAUUAUCCCAAAGCAGGAGUCAACUUCGGAUUCAUGCCAGACGUUAAACGAGGAAGAAAUAUUUGAUGUUCAAGACAAAGCAUCACUAUUUCCUCUUGGAUGGAUUCAUACACACCCCACACAGACGUGUUUUAUGUCAUCAGUUGACUUGCAUACCCAUUACUCUUAUCAGAUCAUGUUACCAGAGGCAAUUGCAAUCGUCAUGGCACCUACAGAUUCAUCUAGUCCACACGGGAUAUUUCACCUGUCCGACCCAGGUGGUGUUUCUGUGAUCCGAAAUUGUGAGCAGCGUGGAUUUCACCCUCAUGAAGAACCAUCUGAUGGUAGCCCAUUAUAUGAGCACUGCUCACAUGUUUAUAUGAACCCGAAAUUGAGGUUUGAUGUGGUCGAUCUUCGAUGAGCUUUUCAUGUUCGUCGUUCGAUACUUAUGUAUCUAGGCAAUUAUUUUAUAGAACAUAAAUCCACUCAAUCGUUUGUACAGCUAUCAGUUGAUCAUAUUUGUAAAUUAUAUUGCUAUUGAGACAACCAGGUAACUCUGUUUUAUAUCCUGUAUAACGAGGAACCAAACAUGACUGCCCGGGAUCUUCUUUUGUGAAGGUUGCUAUUGAUGAAAGAAACUUGUCUUGCUGUU